AUGUCUGCCUUCCGUUCGAUCUACAAACUGUCCCGCACGCUCCCUUCCACUGUCCGCGCUUUCCACUCCCCAUUCGCGUCGCUCUCCUCCCCGUUGACCAGCCCGCCCCCGCCGACCGCGAACGUGUCGCCCCUGUACGAGAAGCAGACCGAGCCCUCUCCCGAACCCCAGAUGUCCGGUGCGGGCACCCGCACCUACGUCGUCUCCGCGCCCGAUCCCGCGGACACCCCGUACGAGGUGCCCUCGGGCGCAUAUCCCACCUCGGCGCCGUACCAGAGCUACCCCGGGACGGAGGCGCCCGUCCUUGAGGGUGAGCACUUCUCUUCUACGUCCUCGACCUUGGCGCACCCGCUCACCACUACCGCCGUGCCGCAGAAUCCGACGGGCGUCGGGGAGAGCGCCGCGGUGCGGCACAGUGAGGCGCCGGGCGAGCUGCACCGGCGCGGCGGCAGCUUCGGCGGGCUCGGCUUGAUGGAUGCGAAGACCACCACGCAGGGCAAGGGAGCGUUGGCAGAGAGGAACCUGCCGCCGUUGGACUUUGCUGGGGAGGAGCACCCGAAGCUGGCCGUCGAUAAUAUUACUACUGGGAAGGGUGCGGGAGUGAGUGGGCCCAGAUGCUGGACUUGA